UUUUGUCGUAACGAAACGAAGUAAAUUCAUAUAUUUCUUGAAAGGAUCACACAUAUCUUGACUACAGAAGAUUUUAAAGCUUCUAUUUAUACCUUUCUCCGCCUUCCCCCAAACAAUGCUCCAUGGUUUUAACAAUUCCACUCAUUCCUAAAGGGUGAUAUCAUUUUCGAAUACAUAUAAUGGAUGAUUCAGAGGGAAGUCUUAUCAAUACUCCUACAACUGAAGAGAUAGCUGUUGGUGGUGGUUUCCUCUCCAGUCUCAUGGAAGACAAAUACAGUGCUGCAGUUGCAGUUAUUUUCGCCAUUGCUGUCCCACUGGUUCUUUCUUCCAUGUUCCUGGGGAAGAAGAAGGUGAAACAAAGAGGUGUUCCUGUUGAAGUUGGUGGUGAGGCAGGUUUUACCAUGCGAAAUGUCAGAUCAAGCAAAUUAGUUGAAGUUCCAUGGGAAGGGGCUACAACCAUGGCUGCACUCUUUGAACAGUCUUGUAAGAAACAUUCACAUUAUCGGUUUCUAGGUACACGAAAGCUUGUUGAAAGAGACUUUGUGACUGGUAAUGAUGGGAGAAAGUUUGAAAAGCUUCAUCUUGGGGAAUUUCAGUGGGAGACAUAUGGACAGAUAUUCGAACGUGUUUGCAACUUUGCAUCUGGACUUAUUCGCCUUGGUCAUGACCCUGAUACCCGAAUUGCCAUCUUUUCUGACACACGAGCAGAAUGGUUUAUUGCAUUUGAGGGGUGUUUCAGGCAGAAUAUAACUGUUGUAACCAUAUAUGCAUCAUUAGGUGAUGAUGCCCUAAUUCACUCUCUUAAUGAGACAACAGUAUCUACCUUGAUCUGUGAUUCUAAGCUAUUGAAGAAAGUGGCUUCAGUUAGUUCAAGCUUGAAAACUGUUAAGAAUGUUAUCUACUUUGAGAGUGAUAAUACUGAAGUUUCCACUAACAUCAGUGAUUGGAAAGUUUCUGCUUUCUCUGAAGUUGAGAAAUUGGGGGAGGCAAGUCCUGCUCCUGCUAGGUUUCCUAUCAAGAAAGAUGUUGCAGUCAUCAUGUAUACAAGUGGCAGCACAGGUUUACCAAAGGGGGUGAUGAUGACUCAUGGGAAUGUAGUGGCAACCGCAGCUGCAGUGAUGACUGUGGUCCCAGGGCUUUCACCAAGUGAUGUCUACUUGGCAUACUUACCAUUGGCUCAUAUAUUCGAAUUGGCUGCUGAGACUGUGAUGAUGACAGCUGGCGCAUCAAUUGGGUAUGGUUCAGCACUGACAUUAACAGACACAUCUAAUAAAAUCAAGAAAGGAACCAAAGGAGAUGCAUCUGUUUUGAAGCCAACUUUAUUGGCAUCUGUUCCAGCUAUUCUAGAUCGUGUCCGUGAUGGAGUAUUAAAAAAUGUUGAAGGAAAGGGGGGUUUGACUACAAAGCUUUUUAACUUAGCUUACAAAAGACGGUUGACAUCAAUAGAAGGAAGCUGGCUAGGGGCAUGGGGGGUAGAAAAGGUAUUUUGGGACGCUCUUGUUUUUAAAAAGAUACGUUCCAUACUUGGAGGAGACAUUCGUUUCAUGCUAUGUGGUGGUGCUCCUUUAGCUGCAGAUACACAACGCUUUAUCAAUGUCUGCAUUGGGACUCCAAUUGGGCAAGGAUAUGGGCUGACAGAAACAUGUGCUGGAGCUGCUUUCUCUGAGUUUGAUGAUCCUUCUGUUGGACGUGUUGGUCCUCCUCUUCCUUGUGGCUAUAUUAAGCUUGUUUCGUGGGAUGAAGGUGGGUACUUAACAUCGGACAAACCAAUGCCACGUGGCGAGGUGGUUAUUGGUGGCCACAGUGUAACCGCUGGUUACUUUAACAAUGAGGAAAAAACCAAUGAGGCUUACAAGGUUGAUGAAACUGGAAUGCGUUGGUUUUACACUGGGGAUAUCGGAAGGUUUCACCCUGAUGGAUGCCUUGAAAUCAUUGACAGAAAGAAAGAUAUUGUGAAACUCCAACAUGGAGAGUACAUCUCUUUAGGAAAGGUGGAGGCAGCACUUGCAUCAAGCAAGUAUGUGGAAAACGUAAUGUUACACGCAGACCCCUUCCACAGUUAUUGUGUGGCGUUAGUAGUCCCUGCACCCCAGGUUCUUGAGCAAUGGGCCAAAAGUAGUGGUGUUAGUUACAAUGAUUAUGCUGAGCUUUGUGCUAAAAAAGAGGCUGUCUCCGAGGUCCAGCAAUCUCUCUCCAAGGUAGGAAAAGAGGCGAAGUUGGACAAGUUUGAGCUUCCUGCAAAGAUAAAGCUGAUGCCAGAAGCAUGGACGCCUGAAUCUGGAUUGGUGACAGCUGCACUCAAGUUAAAGAGGGAACAAUUGAAGGCCAAAUUUAAGGAUGAUCUGCAAAAACUAUACGGGUGAUUGAUGUGCACCUUUUGUUUCAUGGCGUAGUGGUUAGGAGGAUACAUCGUUUGUUUGUUUACUGUUUUUUACUAUAUUUGUUAUGGUUCUUUCAUACGUGACAAUUUCAUGUACAAGAUUCAUGUUUUGUUUUGCUUUCUAGUUUUUACUUUUUCUUGUGUGGCCAUACUACCCGUUGGCUGGCUAAAUUUAUAGAAAACGUAUCAGACAUUCCACUUA